UGAGUUUACUAUAGAAGUGUAGCAAAAACGAACAGAUAUCCGCCAUUUUUCCACAUCCCUAGAUGUAUUGGCCGGACUCUCUAUUCUAGGGACACUACGGCUGACGUGACUGACGUUACCGACUUAUACGAGCGCCCGUAAAUAGAGUGAUAGAGUGAGCCUAACCUUUGUGCCGAUUUAUUUAAUAAUAACGUGUUCUCUCGUUGUCUCUCAUAAUAACAACAAAAGAAAGUGUUUAAAGUUCUCUUACACAGGUUAUCCAAUGACAAGAAGGUGAUACAAGUAGAAGUGCUGCAAACGCUAAUUGAUAUGCUUAAAUGCCCCGACCUGGUAGAAAGCUUUUCGUUUUACAAUGAAUUAUUGAUACUGAAAGUGAUCUAUGCCUACAAAUCGGAUGAUCAAAAAGUCGAAUCUUCCAGCAGCAGCGGCGGUAGGUCUUCAGUGAUAAAAUAAUACUCUAACAUGAUUCUUGAUAAAAAUGUUGUUGUAUUUCUGUUGUACGUAAUAUUUGCCGCAUCGAUGAGCCUUUUCAUUGCGAAAACGUUAUGGGAAAACAUGCAGCUAAUUGUGAUACAAUAUAGAGAAUGGGUAAUGUGGUAUGUUCUUGUUACAUCGCUGAUUAGUUUUGUAAUUUGCUACCGUUUCGGUCCAGUUACCAAUGCAAGAACGAAACAGAUAAUACAAUGGUUUUUGCAGCUUGUAGGAUUGGCGCUGGUUUAUUAUAGCAGUCACUUCUAUGAAGCAUCCCUUUCAUGUUGCGUUAUACUCAUACUUUUGUAUAAUUUUCCGAAAGCAGCAUUUGAGCGAGGAAGAAGGUAUUGGCGAAACGUGUUUCCGGAAAAGCGGAAAUUAUUGGAUGAAGAUGACUAUCGCCAAGAAAGAAUUCGGCAAACUAGGAAAGCUUUGAAAGAACUACAACACUAUUGUUCCAGUCCAGAAUGUAAUCCUUGGAAGACAGUUUUGAAACUGAAAGAUCCGAUAAGAUUCGCAAAAUUUAUGGAAGGAGAAUCGCAUUUGCUGGAAGAUGAAGUCGACGAGCACGAAGAAGAAAUUUCGAAAAUUCUAGACAAAGAUGAUUACACGGAUGAUGAUGACUCUUUCUGAGUUCAAACACUUAAAAAAAAUCUAAUAUUAUGUAGAAAUGUACUUAUUAAUUUAUAUAAUAGUACAAGUCUUGAUAAUAGUAUAUAUAGAAUAUAUUUUUGUUUAUGAGAGUUAAUGAAUAUCUUUCAUCUCAAGAGACUGAAGCAAGUUCACUAUUCUUUUUAUCGUGUAGACUAGGAAGGAUGUAUAAUUUGUCAUAACAUUAUUAAAAAUUGAAAAACAUUACAAAAUAUGAAUUGCAUUAAUAAUUAUAUAUAUUAAAAUUU